AGAAAGGAGGCUCCAGCGGGACCCUGCGCUCCUCAACAUGAGACACUUGAACAUCAUUUUACUUUUGGUCACACACUGGGAACACCUGACUGUGCAAACUCCCUGACAAACUCCCAAGGGAACUUUCACGGUGUACGCACGCCUUCCGCACGUAGUAAAGAAGGUGUUUGGAGGCGAAGCAGCUGCUGAGGAGUGAAGAAGACUGUCAGCACAUUCCAGUGGAAGCAACCGGACUGAAGUGAUCAACCAAACUACAAGGCAGAGGGCAUCAAAGAAAAAAAAAUGGAAGAGCAGUUUGCAGGCUUCGUUCUAGCCGACUAUGCAGUCUUUGCUGCCAUGUUGUCUGUUUCUAUGGCCAUCGGACUCUUCCAUGCCCUGAAGAAGAGGCCGGGGGGAGCCACUGCUGAUGACUUCUUCACCGGGGGUCGGAGCUUGUCGGCAGUGCCUGUUGGGCUGUCGCUCUGUGCCAGUUUUAUGUCAGCAGUCCAGGUUAUAGGUGUUCCCGCUGAGGCUUCUCGCUAUGGCUUUAAAUUCCUCUACAUGUGCCUUGGACAAAGCAUCAACUCCCUGCUGACAGCUUACCUAUUCCUGCCAGUUUUCUUUCGACUGGGCAUCACCAGCACCAAUCAGUAUCUGAAGAUGAGAUUUGGCAGAGGGAUGCAGCUGUUGGGGAGUGUCCAGUUUCUAGUGGCGACGCUGCUUUACACAGGGAUUGUCAUCUUUGCACCUGCCUUGAUCCUCAACCAAGCUACUGGACUCAAUAUGUGGGUUUCUCUGUUUUCUACUGGGACCAUUUGCACCCUCUACACCACACUGGGUGGCAUCAAAGCUGUGAUCUGGACUGAUGUGUUCCAGAUUGUUGUCAUGUUGUCCGGCUUUGUGGCAAUUUUCAUCCACGGCACAGUUCUGGUUGGUGGUCCUGCAGUUGUGCUGGAGAUUGCCAAAAAUGGAUCACGUAUUAAUUUUAACGAUUUUGGUAUUGACCCUCGGCAGCGCUAUACCUUCUGGAGCCUUUCUGUCGGAGGUGCAUUGGUUUGGCUAUCCAUGUAUGGGGUAAACCAAGCUCAAGUCCAGCGCUACGUCUCCUGCAGAACAGAAAGCGACGCCAAGUGGGCGCUGUUUGUGAAUCAAGUGGGUCUGUGUGUCAUUGUGAGCAGUGCAGCAACCUGCGGCAUCGUCAUGUUUGCUUAUUACAGGAACUGUGAUCCACUGAAGUCUGGGAGGAUUGCUGCCCCCGAUCUGUAUAUGCCGUACUUUGUGUUGGAAAUAUUCAGAGAUCACCCUGGAUUUGCAGGUCUUUUCCUUGCCUGUGCAUACAGUGGGACUCUGAGCACUGCCUCCACAAGUAUCAAUGCCAUGGCUGCAGUAACAAUGGAGGAUCUGCUGCGACCUCAUCUGCGCCACAUGACCCAGAAGAAAUUGAUACUUGUUUCCAAAGGAUUGUCAUUCCUGUACGGUGUUGGUUGUAUCACCAUGGCUGCUCUCUCCUCCUUCCUUGACUGGGGAGUUCUUCAGGGGUCGUUCACUGUCAUGGGCGUGGUCAGUGGUCCAUUACUGGGCGUAUUCAUCUUGGGUAUGUUUGUUCCAGCAACUAACAGGCUGGGGGCGUUCUCAGGAAUGUUAGUGGGCUUUGGUGUCUCUCUGUGGUUGGCUGUUGGUUCAACUCUUUACCCACCCAGUGAGGAUACCAUGGGUGUCCUGCCCAGCUACGCAGGUGAAUGUGGACCCAGCAACAUCACCCUGAACAGCAUCCCACACCAGGACCAACCCUCCAUCUCCCCCCCGCUUUAUCCCAAUGACCCAGGGGGCCUGCUUCACUUGUACGCCAUCUCCUACCUCUACUUUGGUGCCAUGGCAACUAGUUCAGUCGUGUUAGUUGGGCUGAUUGUGAGCUAUGCAACAGGACCAACAAAAAGGCAUCAUAUUAAAGAGGGUUUGUUAUGGUGGGAUCUAAACAAAAAGCAAGUAGAUGUCCCAUCAGAGUGCAAAGUACUCAAGGCGACAGAUAAAGCACACCUUGUGCCUUUGAAAGACCUGCAUAAAGAAGACACAAAUGAAGUAGAAGAACCAACAGAUGUUGGCAAUAAUUAAUCACUACUAAGAGCUAAGGUUGGACAACUGAACUUAUUUUAAUUCGAAAAAGCAAAGACAGUGGCUUUUC